AUGGCGCUCAGCGAUGCCGAUGUCCAAAAACAAAUCAAACACAUGAUGGCCUUCAUCGAACAGGAAGCCAAUGAGAAAGCCGAGGAAAUCGACGCCAAAGCCGAAGAAGAAUUCAACAUUGAAAAGGGGCGUCUGGUCCAACACCAGCGACUCAAGAUCAUGGAGUAUUUUGAGCGCAAAGAGAAACAAGUGGAGUUACAGAAAAAAAUUCAAUCUUCUAAUAUGUUAAAUCAAGCACGUCUUCAGACAUUAAAAGUGCGAGAAGAUCAUGUCAGUGAUGUAUUAGAUGAAGCAAGAAAGCGUCUGGUCAAAGUGACAAAUAACCCUGAUUUGUACAGAGAAGUUCUUAGAAAAUUAAUAUUGCAAGCAAUCUUACAGUUGUUGGAGAAAAAUGUCACAUUACGUGUUCGUGAAGUUGAUUUAUCAGUUGUGGAAGAAUUAGUGGAAGAAGUGGCAGCCGAGUAUAAGACAGCAUCCAAUAAGGAUGUACUACUGAAAUUGGAUACAGAUUCAUUUUUAUCCGCUCAAACGUGUGGUGGUAUUGAGUUGUUGGCACAUAAGAAUAAAAUAAAAAUUUGUAACACACUGGAAUCGCGAUUGGAACUGAUUGCUCAGCAGUUGGUACCAGCUGUACGAACUGCAUUGUUCGGCCGCAAUCCAAACCGAAAAUUCGCUGAAUAA